AUGGAAAUUAGUGUAUUGAAAGAGAGCUAUAAAGCAGAGGCUAUUAAUCGUUGGAGAUUGAAAAUAUGUAGUACAACUUAUAGAGAUUCCUAUAUAGCUAAUCAUGUGGAUACAACUCCUACUCAUGCCAAAAGACAUAAGUCAAAUGAUGCAUCUUCCUCUAACAAAAUAAUUAAAACCACAUCCCGAACCUGUAAAGAUGGUCGUAGUUUACUGGAAAAAGUACCAUUAGAGCCUACUAUUUUGCCUGCUCAGCCACCAUGCAUAUAUUGUCGUGCAAAACAAAUUCACCAUGAAUCUAUAAAUGUAUGUUGCAAAAAUGGUAUAGUUUCUCUUCCUAAUACUCUUGCACCUGAUAUUUUGAAAGAGUUGUUUGCCUCAAAUACAGAGGAGGCCAAAUUAUUUAGAACAUGCAUACGAACAAUUGAUAAUCAUUUUGCAUUUACAUCAAUGGGUGUAAAGUAUGAUAAAAAAAAAUUGAGCAGACGUAACAAAGGGAUCUAUACAUUUAAAAUUCAAGGCCACAUGUAUCAUUUUGUAGAGGAUUUAGAAUGCUCAAAACAUCUACAACUUUAUUUUCAUGAUACAAAUGAUCAGAUUGCUAAGCGUCUAGAGGAAUGCCCAAGGUUAACAGAAUCUAUAUCUAAAAAAAUAAUCACUUUGCUUAAAGAUAAUGCGUACGCAAAAUUUUUUCGCAGACUAAGUGAGAUGGAAAAUUUAGAUAACUAUAAUAUAGUUUUGAGAAAUAUGUCAGGAGUUGAUCAAAGAGUGUUUAAUAAACCUGAUGUUUCUCAAGUUGCAGCAUUGUGGGUUGAGGUCUCAGCAGACUGCAUUGAUAGUGCUGACGAAUUGCUAAAUAGAGAGCAAGAAGCUCUUCGUGCAUCUUCCAACCAGGUUGAAUUUGUUUUAGUUAGAGAAUAUUAUGCUUAUAAAUUGCAAAUGAGAGAUUUAGAGACAAGUUUGUUCAUGUCUGGUAGAUUGCUUCAGCAUUACAUUGUUGACAUGUAUGUUAAACUUGAAUCACAGAGACUAUUUUCAUAG